GAGGCAAUGGCCAAGACGUCGUCCGCCUCAGGCGCGGCAGACAAGGACACUGUCAUUGAGGCCAUGCCCUACGGGACUCGCUCCCGCAACAGGACGGCCAACUCUCGUCCCAACUAUGCCGAGGACAAGGACAUUGAAAUGGACAUGUAUGAUUACUACCCUGACAAAAAAGACAGCGACGCCGCCAAGAAGCCCUCGCGGCAGACCAACGGCGUCAGCAACGGCGAGACGCCUCGCGGCAACGGCAGCUCUCGCAAAAAUGCUGCUGCCGCGGCGGACGACUCCAAGGCCACCCCCAGCCAGAAUGGCAGCCAGGAUGCGAAAUCCGGCGGAACGAUUCACGCAUCACAGGCGACGUCGGGAACUGGCACUUUGCAGCCUUCGCGGAAACGCAAGGCGGCAGCUAACCAAAACGGCGGCGCGGCAGCGGCAGCAUCAACCGCAACAUCGGCUGCAGCAACGCCGCCGGCGUCGACGACCGCGGCGUCAAAAAAGAACGCCUUGGCCGCGCAGGCCCAGCUCCAGGGCAUGACAUGGCCCGAAUCCAACAUGCUCACCUUUGAGACGUGCAAAGGCCUGCCGGACAAUGGUCGAAUGGUGGCCGACGAUGGCACGGUGCUCGAGGCGAAUGAUCACGUCUAUCUCGUGUGCGAGCCGCCGGGAGAGCCCUACUACCUGGGCCGCAUCAUGGAGUUCAUGCACACCAACAACGACGCCGCCCGGCCGGUGGACGCGGUGCGCAUCAAUUGGUUCUAUCGCCCCAAGGACAUUGGGCGCAAGGCCAGCGACACGCGAAUGGUCUUUGCCAGCAUGCACUCGGACAUCAGCCCCCUGACGGCCCUGCGCGGCAAGUGCCAGAUCAGGCACCGGCUGGAGAUCAAGAGCAUGAACGACUACCGUCGCACGCCGGACAGCUUCUGGUACGAGAAGCUGUACGACAGGUACAUCCAGAAGAACUACGAUCUGAUUCCCACCCGCCUCAUAGUCAACGUGCCCGAAAAGGUCAAGAAGGUGCUGGACGAGCGCUGGCAGUACGUGCUAGUCGAGCAGGGGCGUGGCAAGGAGCUGACUAGCGCCGUUAAGCUCUGCAAGAGAUGCAGCGGCUAUUGCGCAAGGUACCCACCGUUGCUCAAAAAACCUUCACGUGGGUUUGCUUGGUCCUGCGCUGCAUGCAGUCGUGCUCAGGAGCGCAAGUUGGAAGCUCGCCAUACACCAAAUACCAUCGACACCGUGGAUGCCGACGACGACGAGCUCCUGGACGAAGACGAAGAGGAUGCUCAAGGCAUCGAAACCGACAGGACAAGCCCCGCCGACGACGAUGCGCCUCAUCAGGGUACCUCGGAGCAGAUUUACCAGGCUAGUCUCUGGCCAUGGCGCUAUCUCGGCAUGCAUUGCAAGCCGGAGGACGCCCUGGACUACGAUGAUCGCAUUUACCCUCGUGCAGGCACCCGCAUCGGACCCAGAAACCAAGCCACUGUUGGCGCGUGGCCCGGACAGCCUGUUCAAUAUGUCAAGCCGCUGGAGUUCAAAAAGGGCGGCAAAAAAGAUCAGAAAUUAAUCAAGGAACAGCAGGAGGCCGAAAAGGCUCGCCGAGGACAGCGGCCGAAGUGGGUCCAAGAUCAGCCACCGGGAUACGUUGCUCGCGGCGAGGACUUGGACGAAAAUGACCCCAAUUGCACGGCCACAUUAUUAUGGAAGCCGCCAACCUCAGAUACCCCGUCUCUUGAUAAGAUCAAUGAUUAUGUUGCCGAAGCCAUGUCGACGGCCAAAACGCUGGACCUUCCUGUGCGCUCUACUAACCUUCGAGAUGCCGCCAUCGAGUCAUUAUUUCGCGAAGACUUUGAUGAGUCCAAGGCCCUCACUGUGCUCUCAGAGAAGCCUAGGAGUGAAUUCAAAGAGCCCAACUUGAGCCCGGCCGAGGUCAAGAAAUUCGAAGAGGGCGUUUCAAAGUUCGGCUCUGAGCUGCAUCUUGUCAUGAAACAUGUCAAAUCGAAGCCGCCGGGCGAGAUUGUCCGGCACUAUUACGUUUGGAAGAAGACUGAAAAGGGACAGCAAGUUUGGGGCAGCUUCCCCGGUCGAAAAGGAAAGAAGCAAGCUAGACGCGAGGACAUUGCGGCUUCAAAGCUUGCUGACGAUGUGGCUAAUGACGACGACGAUUCUGCAUUCGACGCAGAGAAGGCGGUUGAGAAGAAGCGAAGCUUUAUCUGCCAAUUUUGCAAUAGGACGCAGGAUCGUCAGUGGAGAAGAGCGCCGAACCCGCUUCCUGGGCUUGUCAAUGACCAGGGCCUCAAGGGCACCGGGAAAGAUAAAGCUGGGAACCAAUACGUUGUCGCCUUGUGCCGGCGCUGCGCCGAACUAUGGCGACGUUAUGCUAUUCGAUAUGAAGUUAUUGAAGAAGUGGCCAAGAAGGUUGCGCAGGCUGGUGGUCGUGCAUGGAAACGCAAGCAAGAUGAAGAACUUCUCAAAGAGCUCCAGCUUGCACAAGAAAUGGGAUAUAUGACGCCCGAACGAGCUCCGACUCCUUCCAAAGCCACCGCCUCUCAACCCGGCGAGACUCAGGAGCCUCCUAGAAAGAAGCUCAAGACUGCAGCCGAUAAAGAACUCGAAGCAACACCCUCAGAUGCCGGUAGCACUCCAAGCGCAGCUCCGACUAAGAAGAAGGAGAAGGCAGAGAAGGCAGAGAAGGCAGCUGCCGAGCCGCCUGCCGCCCCAGAAAUGCCAAAACCACGGACUCUGCCAUGUGCCAUCUGCGAUCAGAUGGAGCCGAUGGGAGACCAGCACCUCUCAUGUCGAGAGUGUCGCCUGACAGUGCACCGUAAUUGCUACGGCAUUAUUGACAACAAGGUCCAAGGCAAAUGGAUAUGUGACAUGUGUGCGAAUGAUAAGAGCCCACAAGUGUCGAUCCAAUACAAAUGUGUCUUGUGCCCUGUUGAGCAUACUGAACAUGAUUUCGUCGAGCUGCCGAAACUCACACAUCACAAGAAAAAGAUGUCUGAGAAGGACCGUGAGCGAGAAAAGAUAGAAGUUCAACAAGCCCGCAAGGCUGCUGAAUACUACCGCAAGAAGCAGGAAGAGAUGAAUCGCCCAGUCAACCCCCGCGAGCCGCUCAAGCGUACAGCCGAUAACAAUUGGGUGCAUGUCACCUGCGCCGUAUGGACACCCGAAGUCAAGUUUGGUAACGCCAAGGCAAUGGAACCAUCGGAGGGAGUCCCAUCUAUCUCGAGAGCAAAGUAUGACGAGAUCUGCCAAGCUUGCAACCAGAAAGGUGGGGCAUGUGUGCCCUGCCAUCAAUGCCGUGCAUCUUAUCACGUUGAAUGCGCUCGACAAAAGGGGCAUAUUCUCGGAUUCGACAUUGCUCCGGUCAAGAGCUCCCGGCGAGAUCAGUUUAACAUUGUCACAAUUAACGGCGAGAGUGGCAUCAUGUCGGCAGUACUUUGGUGUAAAGAGCAUGCUCCCACCAAGACGAUUGUUCAUCGAAUUCAUGAUGUUGUGAGCGACACAGGGCUGAAUGCCCUCCAGCUCUACGUCCAGAAUUUCAAGCAGGCAGACUUUACCUUGACUGGUACGGUUCGCAAGGCCAAUCAGAUGACAACAGCGGCGAAAGUAUCCGGAGCACCAGCUCAGGCAUGGAAUCGCAGAGCAUCUACUACGACAGCGCCUAAUGGUACCUGGGCUCCGCCGCGCAACGGCGAUGUGGCUGACCCAGGAUCCCAUCCCCAGCAUCCGGGCGAUAAAAUCUGCAUCACAUGCGGCAUAGACGUCGCCUUGAGAUGGUGGCCGAUUGAUAACUUUCAAGAGCGGAGACUUACCAACGGCCAUCACGGGGUCAUUGGAUCUGAAGCACAAAAGUUUGUUGAGCAGCGAAAGUUCCAAUGCCAGAAAUGUCACAAGCUACGAAAGACACCCCGUAGUCCGGGGCUGACUCUACGAACUGGACCUUCACCUCCGCCUUCCGAUCUUGCACGUCCUCAACCGAUGGAGGCUACUCUGAUGGCUCCGGUGCCUCCUAUGAGAGGCUCAACGCCGCCUCCUCCCCCUCCGCCGCCCAAUGUGGUCGAUUAUCGUGACGGACGCCAUAUGAGCCACCCCCUUUCUUGGCCGCAACCACCGCCAGGUUCGCAUGCAAUGCCAGCUGUGUCUACUCCUCCACCGAUGCCUACACCGCUUCACGCGCCAGCUCAAGUGGCAGGACACCGACCACCUCCGAUGGCACACCCAUAUCCGCCGGCACAACCACCGCCGCCGCCAGGCAGAACGACGGCCUAUCCUGAGUGGGCACCGCCGCAUCGUCCUAGCAGCCAGCAUAACUCACCUCCUCGUCACAUCAACGGUGGCCCCCCGCCUAUGUUGCACGGCGGCCCGCCCCCGCCUCAACCACCACCAGUCUCGAACCUUUCAGCUCUGAGACCGCCUGUCAUGGCUGGUCCGCCUCCAGCUGCACCGCUUCCUGGUGGUCAUCCGCAUGGACAUGGCUAUACCAACGGGCUCCCUCCUUCCCCACGACGCAUGAGUGGACCAACUGCUCCCGCUCCGUACGUCCCUCCUUAUCACAGCGGACAUCCAGGCCACGGAGGACCUAUCCACCCCCCGGCUCACCUUAUGAAUAACGGACCUCCGCCGCCGCCACCUCCGCCGCGGUCAGAUGUAUUCUCGCAUGGUCUUCAUCCUCAGAGAUCAUCAUAUCCGGCGCCCCCCUCACAUGCUAGCCCUCCGAUUUUGAGAAACGGUUUACCGCCGGCGCCGCCACCCCAGCCUCAUGAGUUGCCUCCGUCGUCGGGUCCUAUGGCUCCACGGCUCCCAGAAAACAGGCCGACUACAGCGGCGAGUACAAACCCUUCUCUUCGCAACUUGCUCUCUUAA